AUGUCGUUGAACGCCCUCCAAUGGUCUUUAGUGCACCCGGCCCCAGGCGAGGGGCGGACGUUCUCGCGAACGUUGGGCCCUGCGGAGCACUGCUUCUACUACGACCGCAUCAUGAACGGGACAGCAGAUCUCGUCUGGCGCUACACUCUCGAGCUAGUGGAUCCUACCCAAGGGUCUGUCUUGUUCGGUCAACAAAAUAUCUCGCGAGCAUGGGCGACAGUCAAGCAGCACUAUCCUCUUCUGGGUUCGCGCAUGGAGCCGCAACCCGACGGCACGGUCAAAUUCUUCGUCGAGGAGCGUGCCCUCUCGCGACAUACGCAGGACGAGCUGACCAUUUGCAUCGUACACUCUGCGGACGAAGUCGCAGCUAUCAUUGAGGAGGAGAUCCGUGAUAAAACGGUGGAGAAUAACCAAACCAUGGCGCGUACGUUCGUCUUGGCGCGCGCAGACAGGCCGGGCACGUACGAGGUGCUCUUCAGGAUGGCACAUGUGAUCUCGGACGGCAUUUCUGGUGCAACCCUCGCACGGACAUUUUUCGAUGUGCUGUCUUCGCCGCCCAUACAGACACCGGCACUGGAGAAGAGGCUUGCUACGGCCCUCCCGUCUGACGUUCUGAACCCCUCCCUCAAACUGAGCCUCGCGCGGCAGAGGUGGCGGCGCGCAAUCGCGAAAGUUUGCCUCUUUCACAUGAGCCAAAGACUAACAGGGAGUCACACUCUACCGCAGACGAUUACCGAAGAGACAUACCGCACCCCUGCGAAGCCCGCACGCGCGGUCGUCUGCAUCGACCUUACCAACACCCGCAAGGUGCUCGACUCCUGCCGGAAGCACAAAGUCACAAUUGGUGCUGCCAUGCCCGUCAUCGCGCAGAUGGCACUCACCCGGCUCCUUCAUCGCCGCUACCUCCGUGGCGAUAUCUCCGCGGCAGAGUGGGAGCACCGCCGUCGGCAGCCCAUGAACUUCGCCAGCCUAUUCAACUUACGGCCGUACCUGGACGAGGCCUGGCAGCGCGCGGGCGGCGUCGCGGAAGUGCUGCUCAUGAUCGAGAUGUACAACUGCGCGCUCCCAUUCAUGCCAACCCCGUACGGGUCGCGCAGGGAUGCAUGGGUGCCACGCGAGGACGGGGCGCCGCCAUACUCCGUAUUGCUCUCCCGGGCGCGAUUCUUCCACCGGGCGGAGCGAUCGAAGCAGCAGCUGGCACGCGCGGUAAAGCAUCCGCUUCUACUCGAGAUGGCGCACGCGAGGCAGCCGCCUUGGGUCGCGCGCCAAAGAAAGGUUGCAACGCACUGGCAGGCCGCUGCGAAGGGCGAGCCCUUGCCUGCCUUCCCCGAGUUAGACGUCACCUCCUCCGAGUACGGUAUGGCCGCGGUCGUGUCUAGCGUAGGAGACCUGUCGCCUAUCCUGCCCAGCACUUACCCACUGCCGCCGACCCAUCCGCUCUGCAUUCGCACGGCACACGACUCUCCCAGCGUUGCUUACGGAGCCACGCGCGGGGCAACGACCUCGACCCAGUCCAGCCCGCCGCCAUCGACGACGGCCUUCCGUAUGGUCAAUUACGACAUACUCUUACACGCGCGGCCAGCGGAGCUGCUCGUCGGCAGCACUGCGGUCUGUGGGCAAAUCUAUAUGACGCUGACGUACGACGCAAACGUGUAUCGCACCGAGGAUACGGAGGAGUAUCUGAACGAGUGCCUGUUGGCGGCGCUGUAUUACUUCGGAACGGACGUGCCUUCUGUUGUCAAAGGGAAAUUAUGA